CUGGUGGUCAUCAUAUUCACAUCCUUCGUUUAGUUUAUCUACAAAGAAUAAGAAUCAUUCUUUUAUUCUUUAUUCUUUCAAGCUUCUCUGUUUCUUGUAAAAACAAAGGAACGUUUGUUGUGUUUUAUGCCCACAAGGGGAUUUCUAUAUUAAAUAACUUUUGGAAUUAUCCUUUCGUUAUAUUUGUGGCCAUGGGUCUUGAAGUUGGGUCCUUAAGCUUCAAACUUAGAGACGGAGGCUUGACAUCAAGAACCAAAAGUUUCAAGAGAGACGAUACUGCUAGGCACCAGAACUCUCCUAAGAGUACUAUGGAGCGGUCGUUGAGUUUCAACAGCUGGGAGGUUCCUAAAGAAACCAAGACUGAUUCAAAUUUUGAGGUUUUGGAGACAAAGAAGUCAACGCCUAACACUUUGAAUGGAAGAAAUUGUGAGAGAAUCCAAAUCAAGAAACCCACAGUUACUCCACCUGAGCCUUUUGUAUUCUUCUCCCCUAGACCGGUCACCGAGCUUGAUGCAGCUGCAACUACGCUUCAAAAGGUGUACAAGAGUUACAGGACCAGAAGGAAUUUAGCAGAUUGUGCGGUCGUUGUUGAGGAGCUCUGGUGGAGGACUCUGGAAGGUGCAGCUUUGGAUUUGAGCUCUGUAUCUUUCUUUGGAGAAGAAAAACAUGAGACCGCUGUUUCGAAAUGGGCACGAGCUAGAAAACGAGCUGCUAAGGUUGGGAAAGGCUUAUCAAAAGAUGAAAAGGCUCAGAAAUUAGCACUUCAGCAUUGGCUUGAAGCUAUUGACCCACGUCAUCGUUAUGGCCACAACUUACACUUCUAUUAUGAUGUCUGGUCAGCAAGUAAGAGCUCACAGCCAUUCUUUUACUGGUUGGACAUAGGAGACGGCAAAGAUGUAAAUCUUGAGAAACACCCUAGAAGUGUUCUACAAAAACAAUGCAUCAGAUAUCUCGGACCGAUGGAGAGAGAAGCAUAUGAAGUGAUAGUGGAAGAUGGGAGACUAAUAUAUAAACAGAGCAUGGCUCUGAUCAAUUCAACAGAGGAAUCCAAGUCGAUUUUUGUACUUAGCACGACUCGAAACUUAUACGUAGGGAUUAAAAAGAAAGGUCUUUUCCAGCACUCUAGUUUCUUAUCUGGAGGCGCCACAACCGCUGCAGGAAGAUUAGUCGCCCGCGAUGGGAUCCUUGAGGCUAUAUGGCCAUAUAGUGGACACUAUCUCCCAACAGAAGACAACUUUAAAGAGUUCAUAAGCUUCUUAGAGGAGCACAAUGUUGAUCUCACCAAUGUCAAGAGAUGUUCUGUGAAUGAGGAAUAUUCGUCAUUCAAAUCAACUGCAGAUGAAGAAGAAGAAAGAAAGGAAGUCUCAGAAGAAAUUGAGAUGCCUUCAGAGCAGGAAGAGAGAGCGAGACAUGUGUUUGAUCCUGUAAAGAGACUGUCUUGUAAAUGGACAAGUGGAUAUGGUCCAAGAAUUGGGUGUGUUAGAGAUUACCCAAUGGAGCUACAGGCACAAGCACUGGAGCAAGUCAGUCUCUCUCCUCGGGUUUCGCCAGCUAAUUCUUAUGGACCAAUUCCAUCUCCAAGGCCUAGUCCUAAAGUGAGGGUGUCUCCACGCUUAGCAUACAUGGGAAUCCCAAGCCCUAGGGCUAAAUCCAAACAUCGUUUCAAAAUCCUUGCUAAGAUCAUAGUCGUGGACCCGUUGGUUCUUAAAGUUUCCCCAAAACCUCGACUGUUCCUCCGUUCAUCAGACGAUGAUCCCGAAUUUACCUAUGUGCUGCUUGAAAAUAACGAAGUUGUUGCUACUUGUCUCUCAUGCGACGGUUUCAUCUGCUGUCCGAGACCUGGUAACAAGUAUCUGUUUAUAAACCCCGCUACGGGUCAGAAAAUCCAAGCCGAACAACGAAGUCUUUGUCACCGUCCACAGACAUUUGAAAGUCAUGUAACUGUGCCCUUCAUAUGCAGAUACAGCAUAGAUUUUCUUGGUUACCGCAUGUCUAAUCAUCAGUUUCCUAGUCCGGCGAUUGACUUGUUGGGAUUUGGGAGAGACAGAGUGAGCGGAGAUUAUAAACUUGUUAGGUUAUUUGAACGGCCUGGGGAGAAUACGGCAUGCACAGAAUGCGAGGUUCUUUCGCUUAAGACAUGGGAAUGGAGAUACAUAAGCCAUGUUCCUAUACCUUGCUUUAACGGACAACCUUCAGCUAGCGUUAACGGAUCCAUCUAUUGGUUCACUGUUUAUCUAUGGUUAACAGAUGCAGAGUAUUCAACAACGGCCAAGAUCAUAGCAUUUGAUCUUCACACACACAGAUUCCGUGCAGUCCAUCACCCUCCUUUCGGUGCUAGAACACCCUCAUAUAUAAUUAAUCUCAUGAACUUAAGGGAUCAAGUAUGGAUGGUAGAGCAAACACUUGACUGUUUGGAGAUGUGGAGCAUGGAUGGAGGAGGAGGCGCAUGGGAAAAAAUGUAUUCAAUUGAUCUAAAAAGCUAUGCGAUGCCUAAUCUGGAGGUGCUUAUGCCAAUUGAAAUCUGCGGCGACGGAAAGGUGUUGAUUAACGGUAAGAAGCCAAAUAAUUCAAAUCACUGGGAUUUGAAAGAAAGGUUGCUCAAAUAUGAUCCUCGUACUAAAACUUUGCUUCUCGCCGACCAUCAAACUUUUGCCCGUGUCCCUUACUUCCAAACUUGGGUCCUUGCUCCCUACUUCCAGUCUCUCUUCUCUUUCGAUACACUUUAAUUACUAGUCUAGAUCAUCUUCUCUUCUUUUAUUUUAUUUCUUUUGUUUCUUAUAUGACAUUUUGAUCAUUUUACUCACAUUUCAAACUGAUGCAGAGUAUACCCUAUAUCUUUCUUUUUUUGAAUCACGACUUAGCUAAAUGAGUAUUCAAAAAACAUUAUAUAGUUUU